AGCGUGAGACAAGUUCCUCUUUCUCUGCUGGCUGCGUGGAAGUGGCUCUGUGCCGUAGGGAACAGUGGUUGCUGUGGUGCCCUGCAGGAAGGGGAAGGAUGAGAACAGGCUUUCCAAGUGACUGAGGGGGGCUGCCAGCUGCAGGGCACAGCAGAGCUACUCGUGUGGCUGCUGACACCUCAUCAGAACAAGACCCAGUCCGUGGCAGUGGUGGUUCUUUAACCCCAAAAGCCAACUAGGAGGGCACACGGGCUGCCAAGGGUUGCUUGCCAAGAGCAUCUCCGUUCUGGACCUGUUACAUCAUGACUGAUGGGAUCAGUUGGUCACCACAGGAGGACUGGGACUGAGCCACAUCUCCGACCUGUGGAGAGUCCCCUUCUGAAACUGCGUCGACACCGUCUGCCCGCAGGCCUGCGCAUCUCUGCUGCUUCUCACCUCUCUGCAGCAGUCCCCUCGGCGUUCUGAGUUAUCAGUCCCUCACUCAAGCUCUGAACUUCACAACUCUGGCUUUCAGCCUGCCAAGGUGAAAGUGACCACCAAACUCCAGACCAGAUAUUGGCGACAGAUACAUCUGGCACGUGCAACUUCAGGACAAUUUAACAACGGACUCCUUCAGAUACUCCCAGUUAGUCACUGGAGGACCCUUCGUGCACGAGACAAGCUGACUGUCCCAGGCCACACCAGGUUCUCAGCUGGAACAGUGGCUGACCUGAGAGGCUGAGUGUCCAGGCAGCAGAGAUCCCCACCCUCUGAAGAGCUUGAGGAAGCCUGUGUCGCUGGCAGGUGGUUGGUGUCCGGCCCCAGGGAAACUGAUCCAUGCAGCGCCUCUGUUCUUAGAAUAAGAUGAAGGUGUUGCUGAGCCUGACUCUGGUGCUGACAUGGCUGGAGCGAUGCAGCGGGUUGGAUGGCUGGGUGCUGAUGGAGCCUCAGCUUCAAGCCAGCGCUGGGGACUCUGUACUGCUGCAGUGCCUGUUCCAAGACCCAACGACCAAGGGCUGGACGAUGGCCAAAGUGGACUGGCUACGCGUGGCAGGAGCCGGCACGCAGGAGGAGGAGAUGGUGCUGUAUUACUACAGCAACCAUAGCAUCCCCGUGGGCCGCUUCCAGGAGCGGGCGCAGUGGCGAGGGGACACGUCCCGCGGCGACGGCUCCAUCCGGCUGCGGGACCUGCGGGUGAACGACAGCGGCACCUACGUGUGCGAGAUCCGCCUGCUGCAGCGCAGCAGCAUCUUCAAGAACCGCACGGUGCUGCACGUCAGCCCCGCGGCGCAGCGAGCUGGACGAGGGGCGGUGGGCGCCCAGGACACCGCGGCCCUGGGAGGUGCCGUGUUCUGGCCCGUGGCCGUGGGCUGUGGCUGUGUGGCUGUGGUGUUGGCGUUCCUGGCCGGACUCAGCCUGCGGAAGAGGUCUUCGGAUAAUGCGGCCCUGGAGAGGGCUGGAAGUGGACGCAGCAAGAGCAAAGCAGAGGAAGCACUUUACUCCUCCAUACCUGUAGCUGAGGUGCCCAAGGCUGAACAGGAUGCAGGGAAGAAGAGGAGAGCCGAGGAGACCUACAUAACCAUGCACCCCUCACCCUUCCGGGAGAACGGACAGUACGUGGAGCUCUCCAGGAGGGUGAUCCCAGCCGAGUGGAGGGCAGAGGGCAGCCAAAGCCAGGAGCCCUGCAGCAGAGCAGAGGCAACACGCCCCUGGGCUCCCGAGGGGCAGAACUAGCCGUGCUGGGAGCCCCUUGCCAGCAGAUGUGUGCGAGAUGUGUUUGUUUCUUGGGGCAGGCCCGUUGUGCUGUCAGCCCCCUGCCAGGCAGUGCUGCCGCUUCACUGGCCGCUCCAUGCCAGAGCCGCUGCUGCGGCACCACCCACCCCGGCUGGCACUUCUCUGCAGGACUCUGGAGGGGAGCACAGGGCACAGCCCCCACGGUCUGGCUUUGACCCUGCUCCCAGGGUCUCCAGGUCCCAAGAUAACAAUCUUCGAGGAGAGCCUGGCUGGGGGAGGAAGGGGGAGAUGCAGUGGGAGCUAUGCAGGCACG